AGCUAUAACAGCUCCCCAUCUAUAUUAUGACGAGACGAAUAACAAUAACCACAAUUCAACGUUUUGGAAAAGAAUUACCAUCCUUGAUCAUUUUUGUGCAUGUCCACAUCUCCAUCAAGGUAUUCACAAAAAAGUGCUAGGUUUUGCGAAGAAUCGCUGACGUCACAAAUGGUAUGUGGAGGCAUGACAUUACCGCUGUUCACCAAAGUGCUUCCACUUUCUCCAACAAUUGGAGUACUCCAGUAGCAUUGAACUAUACCUUGACAAGCAUUAAAACAACACUGCUCCCCACACUCCGGUCUCUGAAUCACUUUCGCAUACACGUUCUUCUUGCUCUGCAUCAAUCGACCUGUAUUCACAAUGCCAGCACUCAAAGGUCAACUAGUCCUCCUAACCGGAGCUUCCAUGGGUAUCGGUGCAGCAAUUGCUCGCUCACUAGCUGCAUCAGGAGCGAAUCUCGCACUCUUCUCUCGCUCAGAUGAUAAACUGCAAGCAUUGGCUGAAGAGAUCAAGUCAGCUCAUGAAGGAGUCAAGGUCACUUACAGAGCAGUUGAUGUAGGGGACCAUGAGGCUGUCGAUAACGCAGUGGCUUCUGUGGUUAAAGAGAUGGGUGAGAUUGAUGUAUUGAUAAACAAUGCCGGACUCGCCCUAGGCGCGCCCAACGCCUUCCCAGAUCUCAAAAUCACCGACAUCAUCACCAUGAACAACACAAACAUCAACGGCUACAUGUUCGUCACCUACAGCGUGCUAAACCACUCCAUGCGCACCCCCUCCCGCCACACAGGCACAAUCCUCAACAUCACUUCCACCACCGCCCUCGAAGCCCCUCCCUUCCCCGGCGAGGCUGUAUACCAUGCCAACAAAGCUUGCCAAGAGGGCUUCACCAACGCCCUCAGAAACGAGCUCUGUGGUACUGAUAUCAGGGUCUUGGCACUCAGGCCUGGAGUCGUGGGGACGCAUUUCCAUAGACAGAGGGUUGGGUUUGAUGAUGGUAUGUAUGAUGAUUUUAUGGAUGGGUAUAGGCCUUUGGUUCCGGAGGAUGUUGCGGAGUCGGCGAUUUAUAUGCUUAAUGCACCUAUGAGUGUUUCGAUAAAGGCGCUGGAUGUCGUGCCGUCUGCUCAGAGAUCUCUUACUGUUUUCGACAGAGAGUGGAGUAAGCGUAACGAGAAGAAGGAUGCAAUCUAGAACUACUUAUACAGACAUGUCGAUCAGGGAGUAGUCAAAGGAAGCCAAAGCAAGCACACCGUCUUCAACUCAUCUUCAACACACA